AAAAGUAGAAAUUUAUGGAAAAUUCUGAAUUACGUGAAGUGUUCACUCCAGAGCCAUUUGAUGAUCCGUAUAGAAUCAUUGUGCAUAUGGGGGAUACAGCCCCUUCUGGCAGGGGGAUGCAGCCCUCAGCAGGGUACCUGCCUGGGGCCAAGCAAACUGUGGGCAGGCUAUGAGCCCCACAAGACCCCUACCCCACAGCAUACCACAGGGCAUAACCUGUCCCCUUCAAGGUGGUGCCCUGCUCAAAUCCAGGCUACCGAUUGCUAAGCACCCACACACUGGUUGAUAGGCUGGGGUCAUGAGCAUAGGAGCUUUUGAUACCAGUAAAGAACUUCUGAUACCAGGAAAAGCUAAGUGCUUUGUUUUUUGGUGCUCCAAACGUAUAGUGGAGAGUGUAGUUUUUGAGUCAUCCUGCUCAGGUUUUAAUCCCAGCUUUGCUGCUCACUGACUAAAUGUCCUUGGUCAAAUUACACAGCCUCUCCAAGUCUCAGUUUUCUAAUUUUCAAAAUAAGGUUGCUGUGAGGCUUCAUCAGGACAGUGUAUAUGGAGUGUGCAGAGCACUGCUGGGUACAGGGAUGUGCUUGUGCGGUGUUGGGGGCAUAGCACGCGGCUGGCAUAUUUAGGUGAGCUUCCUCCUGUCCCAUGAAUGAGUGGGGGAUGCUGACACACGUGUGGUGGAAUGUCAAUGUCACUUUAAAGCAGCUCUCAGGGAGGCUGCCCAGAGGGGCUCCAACACCCACAGGAGACACAGUGACCUGAUUCUUCAAAGGGUAGUUAGAAGUCGUGGGCCAGCUUGUGUGUACAACAUACCUGGGUAACUUUCAGCAGGGUGCCACACACCCACCUACCCAGAUCCCGUUCCCGAAACGGAUUCAGUAUCAGCAGUAUCACCUGGCUCCUAUUCUUUUUGAGACUCCACAGGUGAGUCCAAUGUAGAGUUCUGCAGAGAACCACCAUUGUAAGCUCACAUUAUGAUGCCUCUUCCGUCUUACUGCUGGUUUUCUGAUGGGCAAAGGGGGCUUGUGUAUGCCUUUGGGGGUGGGUCACCAAUCAUUGUACCAGGAAACACAAGCAUCCACAGUUACAGGACCCAGAAGCAGGCCACAGACCCAGCUGUGCUUCACUUAGCCCAGACCCUACUCCUGAUCAGCAUUUCAUGAGAGGGGGCUGAUUGAGGGAAAUGACCUUGGAAGGAACUGAAAGUGGUUACAGAAAGCAGACAUCCCUGGGGUGCUUGCAGGGAGCACAGAUGACAGUCAUGUCCCUUUCCAGGGACCUCAAGGACAACUUACACAGCGACACAGUGCUCUCCAUCUUAAACGAGCAGCGCAUUCGGGGCAUUUUGUGUGAUGUCACUAUCAUUGUGGAAGACACCAAGUUUAAAGCCCACAGCAAUGUCCUGGCUGCUUCAAGCCUUUAUUUCAAAAACAUCUUUUGGAGCCAUACCAUCUGUAUUUCUAGCCACGUCCUGGAGCUGGAUGAUCUCAAAGCUGAAGUGUUUACAGAAAUUCUCAAUUAUAUCUACAGCUCCACAGUCGUCGUCAAGAGACAGGAAACUGUCACUGAUCUCGCAGCUGCUGGGAAAAAGCUGGGAAUAUCCUUCUUGGAAGAUCUUACUGAUCGCAACUUCUCCAAUUCCCCGGGUCCCUAUGUAUUCUGCAUUACCGAGAAGGGAGUGGUUAAGGAAGAAAAAAAUGAAAAAAGGCAUGAAGAACCAGCCAUCACUAACGGGCCAAGGAUCACAAAUGCAUUUUCCAUCAUCGAAACAGAAAACAGUAAUAACAUGUUCUCCCCACUGGACUUGAGAGCAAGUUUCAAAAAGGUCUCCGACUCCAUGAGGAACACCAGCCUCUGCCUGGAGAGGACUGACGUCUGCCACGAGGUGGAGCCCGUGCGCACCCUCGCCGAGCACUCCUACGCCGUGUCUGCCGUGUCUUCCGUGGCUGAGGCUUACAGAAGUCAGCCUGCCCGGGAACAGGACAGCAGCUCACCUGCGAAAACAGGGAAGGAGAACUCGGAAGCUGUUGCAGCAAAACCGAAAACAUGCCGAAAGCCAAAGACACUCUCCGUACCCCAGGAAUCAGAUUCCGCUCCAGAAAAUAUACCACCCCCUCCAGCAAGCAACUUGGAGGUGCGUCAAGAAGAAAGUCCGCAGCCAGCUGCAGUUCUUUCCCUUUCAAAAUCUCCCAGCCACAACGAAGGAGAGGUCCAAUUUCCCAGGGCGGAGGGAAAUAAAUCCUCUGAUGUCCCUGGGCCGCCAGCCGCCGAGGUGCCGCCUCUCGUUUACAACUGCAGCUGUUGUUCCAAAUCUUUCGAGAGCAGCACUUUGCUCAGCGCCCACAUGCAGCUUCACAAGCCGACCCAGGAGCCCUUGGUGUGCAAGCACUGCGACAAGCAGUUCAGCACCCUCAACAGGCUGGAUCGGCACGAGCAGAUCUGCAUGAGGUCCAGCCACAUGCCCGUUCCUGGAGGGAAUCAGCGCUUCUUAGAAAACUAUCCCACCAUCGGGCAGAAUGGAAGUUCAUUCACAGGUCCAGAACCUUUAUUAGCUGAGAAUAGGAUUGGUGACUUUUCCAGUCCCGGGAGUACGCUGCCAGAAACAGAACACAUGGUUAAAUUUGUUAAUGGGCAAAUGCUCUACAGCUGCGUGGUGUGCAAACGCAGUUAUGUGACUUUAUCCAGCCUCCGAAGACAUGCAAAUGUUCACUCCUGGAGGAGAACAUAUCCUUGCCAUUAUUGCAACAAAGUGUUUGCCUUGGCUGAGUACAGGACAAGACACGAGAUUUGGCACACAGGGGAAAGGCGGUAUCAGUGCAUUUUCUGCCUGGAGACAUUCAUGACCUACUAUAUACUCAAAAACCACCAGAAGUCUUUCCAUGCCAUCGACCAUAGACUUUCCAUCAGUAAAAAAACAGCAAAUGGAGGCUUGAAGCCUAGUGUCUAUCCAUAUAAACUUUACAGGCUCCUGCCCAUGAAAUGCAAGAGGGCUCCUUACAAGAGCUACCGACAUUCUUCCUAUGAAAAUGCUCGAGAAAACAGUCAGCUGAAUGAGCCUGCACCUGGUCCCUAUGUUAUUCAGAAUCCACACAGCUCUGAAUUACCUACUCUGAAUUUCCAGGACAGUGUAAACACCUUGACCGACAGUCCAGCCAUCCCAUUGGAAACACCAGCACGUCAGGAUGUGCCCACUUCGGCCAGUAUACAAAACGCAGAGGGUACCAAAUGGGGUGAGAGAGGAGAGUUAAAAGUGGAUCUGGACAAUAACUUUUAUUCCACAGAGGUGUCGGUUUCUUCCGCUGAAAACGCUGUCAGUUCGGACCCCCGAGCAGGGGAUGUGCCGGUUUUGGCUGUGAGUAACAGCAGUGAGAACUCCACCUCUGUGAUCAGCUACAGCGGCUCAGCCCCCUCGGUCAUCGUGCACAGCAGCCAGUUUUCAUCGGUGAUAAUGCACAGCAAUGCCAUUGCUGCCAUGACCAGCCGCAACCCCAGAGGAGCUCCUUCAGACCAGACUGUCAGUCAGACCCCAAAAGAGGACGGCAAGCCCGCCGAGCCAGACAAAGUUGGGAGGGCCAUCAGCAGACCCAAGAGCAUGAAGGAGAAAAGGAAAGCCGGCCCGUGUAGCAGGGGAGAAGUACCAGAGGAAUCCAAAUUCACUGCUGAUCCUGGAGGCUCACUGGGCAAAACUACAAAUGCCAUUAAAGAAACGAGUAAAAUUGAAACCUACAUCGCAAAGCCCGCUCUCCCAGGAACCUCCACAAACAGCAACGUUGCACCCCUUUGUCAAAUAACGGUAAAAAUCGGGAAUGAAGCCAUUGUGAAGAGGCACAUCCUCGGCUCUAAACUGUUCUAUAAGAGAGGGCGGAGACCCAAGUAUCAAACGCAGGAGGAGACGCUGCCCCAGGAGAGCGACCAGGAAGCCAACGGAGACAACCCUCUUGGGCUCUGCCAGUCCGAGUGCAUGGAGAUGAACGAGAUAUUUGAUGAUGCCAGUGACCAGGAUUCCACGGACAAACCGUGGCGCCCGUACUACAACUACAAACCCAAGAAGAAAUCCAGACAGUUGAGAAAAAUGAGGAAGGCCAACUGGAGGAAGGAGCAUGAAAACAGAAGCCCGAGCAGUAAGUGUAGAUACCCAGCCGACCUGGACUGUGCGGUGGUCAAGGCUCCACAGGAGAAGGCCUUCGAGGAAGAGGAAAACAAAGAGAUGCCUAAGCUGCAGUGUGAACUCUGCGACGAUGGAGACAAAGCCUCAGGGGCCGGGAGCCAAGGGAGGCCCCACCGGCAUCUCACGGCCCGGCCUUACGCAUGCGAGCUCUGCGCCAAGCAGUUUCAGAGCCCCUCCACCCUCAAAAUGCACAUGCGGUGCCACACGGGAGAGAAGCCAUACCAGUGCAAGACCUGCGGCCGGUGCUUCUCCGUGCACGGCAACCUCCAGAAGCAUGAGCGCAUCCACCUGGGCGUGAAGGAGUUCGUCUGUCAGUACUGCAACAAGGCCUUCACUUUGAACGAGACCCUCAAAAUCCACGAAAGGAUCCACACGGGAGAAAAACGAUACCACUGUCAGUUCUGCUUUCAGAGUUUUUUGUAUCUGUCCACGAAAAGGAAUCACGAGCAGAGGCAUAUCAGGGAGCAUAACGGGAAGGGCUAUGCCUGCUUCCAGUGCCCCAAAAUUUGCAAAACAGCUGCUGCCCUGGGAAUGCACCAGAAGAAACACUUGUUCAAAAGCCCCAGUCAGCAGGAGAAAGCGGAAGGUGACACGGGCCAUGAAAACUCCAAUCCCCUGGAGAAUCCACAUUUCAUUGAUUCGGAAGGUACUGACCAAAAGGAUAAUGUACAAACCGUUGUUGAUAAUGUCCUUUGAAUGGAGAUCCUUAGGGAAAAAAACCUUUGAGAAUACAAGUUGGUGGGGUUUUUUUUUUUUUUUUUUUUUUUUUUAGUUAGCUGUUUCUUUUGUUUCUGUUUAGUUUUGUUCACUUAACAAUUAUGAAGGAGUGAAAUGUAACAAAGAAAAUCUCAUUUGUUCAAAUUCCAGAAGAAGGAUCCUAAUAUCCUCUCUGGGUUUUAGCAUUAACUUCAUGCAAAGUACACAAAAACAAAAUAGCCGAAUCUUCAAGUAUCCCAAGUGUCUUGUGAAAGUUUAUGAAGUUCUAAGUUGUGAUAUUUUUGCCAGUGGGAGAAAAAAAGAGUUUAAUUUUAGUGUAAUUUAAAACUUUCUGGUGAGUGCUCAGAGGAGCUGGCUGCUGAACUGUCUUUAGUAACUGGAGAUAUAAGGGUCAGAUAUCAUGAAAAUGUCACCUUCAUAAAUAUGUUAAAAGGUAAAUGAGCUAUGACAGUCAUUAUUCUCAUCCAGCUUCUGCACUAUUAAAAAUUGUUUAAAUUAAUGGGUACAUAUGAAA